AUGUCCACCACACUCCCCACCGGCGCCAAAAUCAUCAACGGAGUUAAGACCUUCAUUCCCCUAGAAAACAACCCCACAGUCCACACCCACCUAGCCACCGCCCUCUCCAUCCAAACCCUUGCCUUCCACGACAUCUUCACCCUCGACCCUCCCCCCACGGACGAAACCGACCCAAUCUGGAUCCCCCAAACCAUCGGCCACGCCUGCGGCCUCAUGGCCUUCCUGCACUGCGUGCUGAAUCUCGACGCCGGGGCGCAUCUGGCUCGCGGGUCUGAUUUGGCGAAGCUACGGGACGAACUGGUCUCCCUGGCGCCGGAGGAUCGCGCGCGGGUGGUCUAUGAGGCCUUGUUUCUAGAGGAGGCGCAUAUGGAUGCGGCGCGCGGGGGCAGUUCGGGCGUGCCGGGGCCUGAGGAGCAUAAUGGGUUCCAUUUUUUGGGGUUUGUGAAGGGCAAGGAUGGGAGGGUUUGGGAGCUGAAUGGGGGGAUGCCGGGGCCCUUGGAAAGUGGGGUUCUUGGGGAUGGGGAGGAUUUGGUUUCGGAGGCUGGUUUGAGGCUGACGGUUGGGGAUUUUCUGGAGGCUGCGAGGGAGGUGGAGGGUGGUGGGUAUGGGGGUUUGGGGGUUUCUUUGGUUGGGUUGGUUGGGGUGUAG